GGUCUUAACUCGAGGGCCUACUGCGCAUAUUACGUCUUGAACUGAGUUUUGAACCGGUGGAAAGUCCGCACAGAAAAGUCCGCAGUCGUCGCAUUCCUCGCAUUCGACUGAUUUUGGUGGCGGGCAGUGUCUUACUAGGCUUUUCUAGCAAGAGACGGUACCACCUCAAUUGUCUGUGUUCACCAUGUCGGCCACGAUCGUCGCAGACGGACUUCAUACUGUCUCCAGCAAUUCGUCGUUGCCCACAUAUUCCUCAGCAACAGGUAUCGAGCUCACAGAAUUCUCACCAUCAAUUUCAUCCUCCCCCAGCCUCGCGCCACCCGCUUACGAUCAAACUACAACCGUGGUCUCGCGAGGCACGGAAACCGUGCGGAGCAGCGGUGAUGGCUCAGAACCUGCUUCCCUGGAAGAUGCCUUCACCCCCACAGUACACUUCCAGAUCGAAACCACCGGAAAGCAAUGGCUGUCGCUCCCCAUCGGCACCCGACCAGAUCCGAUCGCAAUCUACCACGUCGAAGCGGGUUCCUGGAGCGCGGAGUCUGUCCCGGCGUACAUGUCCCUCCGUUUCUCCCGCAACGACGGAAGCUGCCACCUCCUGAGAGGCGACGACGCAUCCCAGACGCCCGUAUGCACAACGCUCUACCGCUUCGGGCCGGGGAAGCCUCCCAUCUUUCAACCGUCACAGGCCCUCGCGGCGCUUCACGCACCCACGUCUUCCGCUUCUCCUGAUUCCUCUUCGACAGAGGCCUCACUCCAUGAAGAGCAGACUAGUGGCAGCGAGGCAGACGGGGGCGCAGACCUCCCAAUCGUCUCCAAGUCCAUCACCUCCCGCACCCAGAUCCUGAAGACGCCUCUGGGUAUCUUCCAGUGGCGUUACGCCACACGCAAAGAACGAGCUAUCGUGCCUGGCGCCGACCAGCUGCUCGUCUGCGAGCUUGUGCAGACCAUUGCGCUGGCAGGUGGUAAGAAGAUAGAGGAGAGCAGGACGAGGAUCGCGCAGUUCGUCCGUGGGAAGGAGACGAGAACUCGAGGUACGGGGCGGACGACGGCGGGGAACGGGGGACGGUUGAUGAUCGAUGUGAUGAGGUGGGCUGAGUCGAAGAACGGCGGGAGGGAGGCGGCGGAGGUGCUGAUUGUCGCGAGUUGCGUCUGUAUGUUGAAGAAGGAGGUUGACCGGAGGAGGAUGCAGCAGAUGAUGAUACUUGCGGCUGGGGCUUCUGGAGGAGCGUAGUAGUGAUUCUGGAGCCCUAUUCAAUAUUGCGAUGUUUGUCUGUCUUCUUUGUGGUUUAGAUGGUAUUCCCUAAUAUAAUCACUCAUGCUCC